AGGCACCAUGACUCCCAUGAGGACCCAGCACUCGUUGGCAGGUCAGACCUAUGCGGUGCCCCUCAUCCAGCCGGACCUGCGGCGAGAGGAGGCCAUCCAGCAGGUGGCGGAUGCCCUGCAGUACCUACAGAAGGUGUCUGGAGACAUCUUCAGCAGGAUCUCCCAGCGAGUAGAGCUCAGCCGGAGCCAGCUGCAGGCCAUUGGGGAGAGGGUCUCCUUGGCCCAGGCCAAGAUUGAGAAGAUCAAGGGCAGCAAGAAGGCCAUCAAGGUGUUCUCCAGUGCCAAGUACCCAGCUCCAGAGCACCUGCAGGAGUAUGGGUCCAUCUUCACGGGGGCCCAGGACCCUGGCCUGCAGAGACGCCCCCGCUACAGGAUCCAGAGCAAGCACCGCCCGCUGGAUGAGCGGGCCCUGCAGGAGAAGCUGAAAUACUUCCCUGUAUGUGUGAACACCAAGCUGGAGCCUGAGGAUGAGGCUGAGGAAGGGCUCGGGGGUCUUCCCAGCAACAUCAGCUCCGUCAGCUCCUUGCUGCUCUUCAACACCACUGAGAACCUGUACAAAAAGUAUGUCUUCCUGGACCCCCUGGCUGGAGCUGUAACAAAGACCCACAUGAUGCUGGGGGCGGAGACGGAGGAGAAGCUGUUCGAUGCCCCUCUGUCCAUCAGCAAGAGAGAGCAGCUGGAGCAGCAGGUUCCAGAGAACUACUUUUACGUGCCCGACCUGGGCCAAGUGCCUGAGAUCGAUGUCCCAUCCUACCUGCCUGACCUGCCAGGCAUUGCCGAUGACCUCAUGUACAGCGCCGACCUGGGCCCUGGCAUUGCCCCCUCUGCCCCUGGCCCCAUUCCAGAGCUGCCCACCUUCCACACAGAGGUCGCCGAGCCUUUCAAGCCAGACCUACAAGAUGGGGUGCUUACAGCACCCCCACCCCCGCCACCGCCACCGCCGCCUCCCCCAGCAGUGCUAGUCAGUGCACCCCCACCCCCAAGUGUGGCCUCUCCUGGCAAAGGCACCGGGGACGAUGACAGCAGAGAUGGCGUGUCUCCCUCAGCUCCAGUCCAGGAAGCCCCCAGGGAAGUGGUUGAGCCCUCCAGUGGCCGGGCCACUCUGCUGGAGUCCAUCCGCCAGGCUGGGGGCAUCGGCAAGGCCAAGCUCCGCAGUGUCAAGGAGCGCAAGCUGGAGAAGAAGAAACAGAAGGAGCAGGAGCAAGUCAGAGCCACGGGCCAAGGUGGGGACCUGAUGGCAGAUCUCUUUAACAAGCUGGUCAUGAGGCGCAAAGGUAUCUCCGGGAAAGGACCUGGGCCGGGGGCCAGCGAUGGGCCAGGAGGAGCCUUUGCCCGAAUGUCAGACUCCAUCCCGCCUCUGCCCCCGCCCCAGCAGCCACCGGGAGAGGAGGACGAGGACGACUGGGAAUCCUAGGGCUCAGCUGCUUCUUCCUCCCCCAGAACCCAGACUGAGCUAUUGCCUUCACACAGCAACAGCCAGGAUGUGCUCCUUGGCCAGCAGGUCUGUCCCUGCUGCCCUAGGAGGGAUGGGGAUCUUGGAGGACUGUCCCAAGUGUGUGCCUGGACCUUCUUCAGGAAGCAGAGGCCGGCUUCUGGCUUCCGAGGCCACACGGCUGGGAGCCGCAGGCGGGGAGCCCUCGCUCUCUGUCUGCUCUACCCACCCCCUCACCAGCAUGCUCUCUUCUUCUCUAAAGAGACUCUGAGAUAAAACAGUACAUGAAUCAAUAAAGAAGCAUAAUGCAAGAACUGA